UUUCAUGCUGGCGGUCCACCGACCUCGUUAAUUACAGGUGGGAAUUCAAAAUGCCCGCAGGCAAACCGUCUGGUCUGAGGACUGCUCGCAAACUUCGAAACCAUCGCCGAACCCAGAAAUGGUCGGAUAAAGCAUACAAAAAGGCUCAUAUUGGAACGAAGUGGAAAGCUAAUCCUUUCAAGGGUGCCUCACACGCUAAGGGUGUUGUGCUAGAGAAGGUUGGUGUUGAAGCUAAACAACCAAAUUCUGCCAUCCGUAAAUGUGUAAGGGUUCAGCUCUUAAAGAAUGGAAAGAAAAUCACUGCUUUCGUACCUAAUGAUGGGUGUUUAAAUUUCAUUGAGGAAAAUGAUGAAGUUCUUGUGUCUGGUUUCGGGCGAAAGGGGCACGCAGUCGGCGAUAUACCUGGUGUAAGGUUCAAGAUUGUUAAGGUUGCAGGUGUAUCACUUAAGGCUUUGUACACACAUAAGAAGGAAAGACCCAGAUCUUAGUAUUUUUCAUAAUAUAUUUUCGUUUUUGGAUAUAGAUUGUUAAUUACGAAUAACAUGUUGACACGGUUUUAUUGUAUAGUGACAUCUUUUCUUCAUCUACUGAUGUGCCUGGUUCCUGAACUUAACGUUCUAGUGCAUUAAGUUACUACCCUUUUAAAAUGCAUAGUCGAAUAUAUUUUGCGUUAGUCUGCCUGUAUUUGAGUACUAUCACUUGUUAUUUAUAAAAGUCAGUCAGCUACAACGUAGGACCAGGCACAUAUGUGCAUCGGUCCAGGUUGCCAUACCGCGUCAGCACAACAAUAUGAACACCGGAUUCAUAGCAAUGUUUAGGUCAAAGGUAGUAAUAUAUAAGAGAAAGAUUGCAUAUAGAGAUAUAGUACAAGAAGAAAGAAUUGGUUCGUAGAAGAAAAGGUAUGAAGCGAUUUUAAUCUCUUAGUUUAAGGGAAGACAGGGAGUGUAUACACCGACGCCAUUGUGAUCGAUUCUGAGCCAUGUCACCAAGAGUCUCCAACCAUUGGUUACGAGUCACGCGGACCCCAACCAAGUAGUCUGCAUCUUCCAACAUAAAAGAUGCGUACCGGUGCUGUGGGGGUAUAUCUUGUCAUUCAAAUGUUAGUAUGUUCUAUAAAAAACAAUCUUACCACCAGUACAUCAACGUGAAAUAAUAUUGAUUGAUUCAUCUAACUCCUGAUUGUUUAUUUAGAAUCUCAUUUGUUUCCAUCAAUUUCAUCAAGAUUGAAGUUGUGUCUAUUGCUUCAUGUUAUGUAUUGUUCGCUGCGAUGAUUAACCUAACCAAUGUGACCACUCUUUUGUUAGGUUAUGUUUGUUUACAACUGGUUAAGUGUAUGCUGAUAUUGUCAUGACCAAAUUCUCCAACCCAAUACAUACAUUUUUUAAGCUUUGUGCCUCUUCAUUAUAAGAGAAACUUGGUGAAAUGUCUUGCAAAUAGAGCUCUUAAGAUAUGCCCAGUCGACACAACUGAUAGGGAAUUACAACACAUUCAUAAUAUUUUAAUUGAAUUGGGAUAUCCACUGGGUUUCUUGAAGAAACACUUGCGGGUACAAAACAAGAAAGUAGUGACUGACGGCUAAUAAGAAACCGCUUUUCUUGAAAUUGCGAAUCAAUGGUGAUUUAGCUAGCGAUGUAUUACGGAAUAGAUUGACUAGAGUAGUAAAGAGAAUGUUUGAUGCUGCCAACCUCUGCCUAUUCUAUUCAACCCGAUCGAUGGUGAUUGAAGGAUAAGUUACCUGGUUAUGCCACUUCUAUGUGUAUCUACGAAUUCAGCUGCUCCUGUGGAGAAAGCUAUAUUGGGCGCACUACCAGGCAACUGAACGAGUUAGUGAACACCUCCCUUGGUGGUUAGGAAAAGGUUACGUCAAAACAAUACGCAGCUCGGUUCUGUCACACUUGAUCGAUGAUUCACUGUUAUUCUAACAACUAACAAGACUACAACUAUUAGAAAUGUUGACGUUAUUCAGCGGUUUAUUUUUUAGAAAACGAGUGAAGAACCUAAAAUAAUAUAUAUUUACUUAAAUUAUCAUAAUACUCUACCAGUUUCAGAAUCAAGUUAACUUCAAGAAGCUAAUAUUUGCAAGCAGUAUUCAAUAUGUUUCUGUCAAGUAUGUGAGGUAAAGCAUUUGGAUACAGAAUAUUAAUUGUUCAGCGGUGUUAUUUUCACAAGGAUCGAUACGAAGAGCUUGUAACAAUAGUUGCAGAUUCUAGACACCGGCCGAACGUCCAGUUUCUUUACGCUAUAAACCGACAGUUAUAUCUGAAAAUUCGAGCGAGUAUGUUGAAGGUGCUUUGAAGUUGCCGUAAGCCGACUUCUCAAAAAUGUAUUUAUAAGCUAGUGGUAGAGACACAUUAAAUUUUCUUUUUUCUAA